AUGCAGUCGAAUACAGAACCGCCGAACAAGCCAAACCAUCCUCCACCUCCUCCGUCGUCGCAGCCGGCUCUUCUGUCGUCGCUUACAUCACUACCGGAGGACCUUAUUGUGAGCUGCUUGGCUCGCAUAUCAAGAUCCUACUACCCGAAGCUAGCUCUUGUCUCCAAGAGCAUCCGGUCGAUCAUCCUCUCCAGGAUGCUCCAUAAGGUACGAAUCCGAGAAAUCAAAUUUGAAGAAGAACGUGUUUAUCUCGGCCUACGAUCGCCCACCAAUCUUUGCCUCAUCUGGUAUAGUCUCUGGAUAAAACGUGAUCAUCAAGCCCUAGACCUAUGCAUGAUGCGUCAAGAAAACACUACUGGAAAUUUGUUGGUACCAGUGCCCUCUUCCUAUUCUCUUAGCCCAUCAGAUAUAAUGUUCCCAAAUAUUGGUUCAGAACUUUACAAGUGCGGUGGCACACAAAACUCACCCUCCUCGUCGGAUGUGAAGGUCUAUAAUGAGCUGACUGGCCAAUGGCGUGAAGCCCCUAGCAUGAUGUUAGCUCGCAAGGAACCUCUUACGCGCAUCAGCGAUAAAAAAAUAUAUGUAAUGGGAGGGUGUAAAGCUGAUGAGUCGUCGCAUUGGGGUGAGGUUUUCGACAUAGAGACUCAAACUUGGGAAUCUUUACCGGACCCUGGCCCUGAGGUCCGGUUCUCUUCAAAUAUAAAGCUCCUGCUAAGGUCCGAAAAGAUUUAUGUGAAGGCUACGAAUAAGAACUUUGUUUACCUUAUAAAAGAAAAGGAAUGGAAAGUGGUCAAGGAGCGCUUGAUGGUCAUUAAUUGUUGGAUAGAGAAUGUAAACUACUAUUAUGACAAGAAUAAGUGUUGGUGGUCAGAAAAAGGGUCAAACGAGGGGAGAAUUGUCAAAGGUUUGACUGGACUUGAUGCGUGUUCGAGAAACGAUACUGAAAUUGGUACUUAUGGUGGGGAGCUCGUUAUGUUUUGGGACAGUCCUGCCUUGUCUCCUAAUGAUCAAACUAAAAAAAUUUGGUGUGCUAUGAUUUUGCUUGAUAAGAGGAUCAGUGGCCAAGUUUGGGGUCGGAUUAAAUGGGUUGACAUUGUGUGUACAGUCCCUGUGUCAUAUACACCUGCGAGUUGUGUGAACAUGAGCACAUGA